UCUUACGUCUCUUCUUUGAUCAUUCACAUAUUAAUUGAAAAUAGAUGCCACUUUUAGUGAAGCACCUAUAUAACGGUAUGAGGUGUUGCCCAUGACAUUUCUUCUCCGUUUCACCCAACUUCCGACUACGUUUUCAAUUUUUAUCUCAUGUUCCCCUUGACCUUUUCUUUCUCCUUCCCACAAACAUUUGAACAUAACCGCCACCAUAUUUCGUUCUUCUUGUUUGAACCCAAUCUCACACUUAGAUCCCAAUAAGAUACAAUGGGUCGAUCAGAAAUCCGCAAUAUAUGCAAGGUCUCACUUGAUGAGCCUGCAGAAAGUCAGCCAAAACUUCACAACAGAUGGCACCCAGACAUUCCGUUCGCUGACACUAUCAAAAAUGGCGAAACGGUCAAAAUAGAAUGUGUAAGUGUCAUCUAAACCUCGACUUUUAUUUAAACAGCCGCUGACAACGUCGCGAAGGUUGACUGGACUGGGGGUCAGAUCAGUGCGUUUUUGACUCGUAUCAUCACUUUUGUACAUACUUACGGCUAUUCCAGAAAAUGAUGAUAGUGCGGAUGAUGUGAAGAAUGUCGACCUGACAAGAAUCCACUACUUAUCUGGACCCUUUGAAAUCGAGACAGCAGAGCCAGGUGACGUACUGGUUGUCGAAAUUAUGGAUGUACAGCCACAUCAGGAGCAUCCUUGGGGUUUGUAAGUUCCUCGAAAUCCGACGCUAAGUCUAUAUCGCUUACUGAUCACAUCUAGUACUGGUGAGUAAUGAGCAGGUUCAGCAGCUUCAGUGAGUUUGAUAGUGACUUUUGCUGCCAGGUGUUUUCGCCAAAGAAAAUGGAGGCGGUUUUUUGGAUGAAAUUUACCCAUCGGCGUAAGUCUGACUUUGAUUGAACAUUUUCUUGAUUUGGAAAUUGAUGAGUAGCGAUGUAGAGCUAAGGCUAUAUGGGAUUUCGAGGGGAUCUACUGUUCCUCACGACAUAUCCCUCAUGUCAAAUUUCCCGGAUUGAUUCACCCUGGGAUCCUUGGUUGUGCACCAUCCGCAGAGGUAUGUCUCUACACCAUCAUUUUGUCUUGCUCCCUCGUUUGCGCCAAAGCACUUCAGCAAGGGAAAUAAAUUUAGGGGUCUCAGCUGUCCCGACUGCCAUCCAAGAACGAGAUAUUUUCGAUCUUAACUCCAGUUUACAUAUUGAUAUUACUUGAGGUUGUAUUGAUCAACCCAAGUUAUCAAGCUAUACCCAAAAUGAAUAAAGAUUUUUUGAGGGCAUUUAAAGUUUUACAACGCUGGGUGACAGUCUACACUGUUGGAAAUCCUUGAAGAAUCGCCACGCAACCACAGAAGAUCUACCAGUCUAAUGACAGAUGAUAGGUCCUAGCCACUUGGAACAAACGUGAGGGAGAAUUGAUUGCCGCGAACAGGUUGGACAGAAUCGUUGCUCAACCACCAAAUCCUCAAAAUGUACAUGCAGGUUCAGCAUCUGAGGAUGUCAAAUCAAAGGUUGCCCGCGAAGGUGCAAGAACAAUCCCAGGUAUCAUCGACAAACAUUGCCCCAAUUGUGGCUCAAAAGCUGAUACCUCUCAGGUCGUCCGGAACAUGGCGGAAAUUGUGACAUCAAGAAUCUUAGCAGAGGAAGCAAGGUGAGAAGAUCUGAUAACAAGGUGUGUCAGCUCGAAGACUAAUACGUGAUCAGGUGUACCUUCCUGUGCACGUGAAAGGGGCUAAGUUUUCUGUUGGAGAUCUCCAUUUCUCCCGUGAGUCAUUCUGUUGUCCGUUUGUGACCAAAAAUCUAAUAGAAACAUCAGAGGGUGAUGGUGAGAUCUCUUUCUGCGGUGCCAUUGAGAUGUCUGGCAUUAUUACCAUCAAUUUCAAGGUAAUGAAAAACGGCAUGGCAGAUCUUGGUAUGAAAUCACCACUAUACCUCCCUGGUCCGGUCGAACCACAUUAUGGACCAGGAAGAUAUCUUACCUUCGAAGGAUUCAGUGUGGAUCAUCAUGGCAAACAGGUACGUAAGACAUCACGCCCAUCCGAAGAUUUCAGAUACUAAGAAAUCACGAAAGCAUUACAUGGACGUAACUGUAGCCUACCGUGAGACUAUUUUACGUUGCAUCGAAUAUCUUCGUCGCUUCGGAUACUCUGACUACCAGAUCUAUCUUUUGUUAUCCUGUGCUCCGGUGCAAGGUCACGUCGCUGGAAUUGUAGAUAUUCCAAAUGGUAAGUUCCGCAUACCUUUUCCAAGCCAUACGAUCGUACACUAACAAUUUUGGACUAGCAUGCACGACGCUUGGGUUACCAAUGGAUAUUUUCGACUUCGACAUCUCUCCUUCGGGCCCUGCAAAGAAAAUGGAUAUGGGCAGCUGCGCAUUUGAGACUGGAGUCGCGGAAGGCAAGGUCACGAAGGGCGGCGAGAAUAGUGAACACAGCUUCGGCGGUGGUUUGACGUACAAGAAGUAGUAGGGUAUGACUUUGGCCGGACUCUGUACAGUGUCUUUUUUAGAAGGGAAAAAUAAAUAGUUCAGCACCACACCUACUAA